AUGGCGUUCAAAAGUGUUCUACCCCCUUCCGACAAGAAGCCCAAAUCGCAAUCCAGAUCGCCAAGUGGCAAGUCACGAUUUCUAUACGCUCUCCGCGAGAACUUCAGUGUUUCCACCUGGCUGCUGAUCGGAGCGCUUCUUCAAUCCAUCCUGGUCUUCAUUAUUCCUCGUCUCUAUGCGUUCCUCCCAGUCUUCUUGAUCCUGGCGGCCCGCUUCGGUGAUAGCUUGGCCAUCACCUUUGGGUUCAAGCGAAAUUACUACAUGGACGAUGCCAUCCUUCAUCGCGUCUCUCCCCAGAUUCCCGAUGAAGAUGGCAACUUCCAUGAAGACUCCUCCAAUGAGAAGGUGGUGGUGUUCAUGCUGGGCGCCAAGUCAAAUCACCCGCUGGGCAUCUUCGCUCCCAAUCUCAAAGAGACGGGUGAUUUUCUCAACAACAUGACCAAGGCCUUGGAGCAGAAUUCGGUCGAAAAUGGCUUCUACGGCGGGUCCACGUGGAGUAGCCAGGACAAGAACGGAGCCAACGAGUUCCUCUUCCUCAGCUACUGGCGCUCAACCGAGGAUGUGCACAAUUUCGCCUAUCAACCUGUCCACCGCGCAGCCUGGGACUGGUGGAAUGCAUCUGUGGGGGACGGCAAGUUGGAUCACAUCGGGAUCAACCAUGAAAUCUUCGAGGUGGAUCGUCAUCAUUGGGAGGGGGUUUACAUCAACUUCCAACCGACAUUGCUUGGAGCGACCACUUACUUGAAGAAGGGGGACAAGAUGGUUGGUGGUAAUGUUCCUGACCAGUGGAUUUCACCACUUAUCGAUGCGAGGAGGGGAAAGCUACGGACGAGCGCCGGCAGACUGGGGCGUGAUCCUCAACAGAAUGCUGAGAAACACAACUUUGACGGUUACAUGGAAUGA